CAACUUCAUAUCAUAACAUAACCUUACUUUAUAUUGUUGCAUACUUUGAUCCCCCUGAUCAAAACAACAAUAAAACGAUACUAUCUCAUCUCAUUCAAACAAGGUGACCUUACUUUAACUGAAUGCGUUCUGUUAUUUAAAGAUUUUAAAAUUUGGACAUGGAAGUGAUUUAUCUGGGAUUAGCUAUACCAGCAGCAGUGGCUACAUUCAUUGUUUCAAGAGCUCUUUAUUUGAUUAUACAAAUACUCUCUUCAACUUGUCACUUAGAAAAACAUGCAUCUUUACGUACUAUUCUGUGCAUCGGAUCUGGUGGGCAUACAACAGAAAUGCUUCGCCUAUCAAAAAAGUUAGAUUUACAUAAAUAUCAAGAUCGCUUGUACAUAGUUGCCGACAGUGACACCAGUAGUGAAAUAAGAGUACAUAAAUCAAUUGAGAAAGGCACAAACUACACUAUUAGUAAAAUACCUAGAAGUAGAAAUGUUAAGCAGUCAUAUAUUACGUCUGUAUUAAGUACUUUAUAUGCUACUAUAUACACAGUUCCAAUUGUGUAUACAUUCAAACCAGAUGUUAUUUUUUGUAAUGGCCCUGGUACAUGUAUACCUAUUUGUGUAGUUGCUUUUAUAUUACGCUGUAUACUUGUAUUAGACUGUAGGAUAGUGUUUGUAGAAAGCAUUUGUAGAGUAAGAACCUUGUCAUUGUCAGGCAAGAUUUUACAAUAUUUUGCAGAUGUAAUAGUUGUUCAAUGGCCUUCAUUACGAGAUGUUUGUCCUAGAGCUAAAUAUUAUGGAAGGCUGACAUGAAUAACAUGUUGAAUCUCUUUUAGUGUUGUGUAAUUGUUCAAUUUGAAUCUUAGAGGAUACAACCAAACGGAGUAGCCAUUAACAGGCGUUCCCCUCUGUUGAAAAUAGGUGGCACAGUGUAUGGACUGACGUUUUUAUCUGACAUGGCUAUUUUUACAUUACAUAUACAUUUGACGUGCCCCUCCCCCGCAAAAAUCGGCACUGUUUUGUACAGAAAAUUGCAGACAAGGUGUUUUAGUUUGGUUAUAUCCUCUAAGAUUUGAAUGAACAAACUCACUACUCUUAACCUCCUUGCUUAAACAAUAAAGUUUAUAUUUUAGCAGAUUA